AUGCUAUUCAGCUCCAACUCGACAGUUGCUAUGGACUGGUUGAAGUGUUUCGCGAGCGAUUUGUUGAGGAUCGUUGAUGAGCCGAAUGGAUUUGAGACUUUCGUCGAUGUGAGGUCGUUCACGGAUUCAGCUAGAACAUUACGACAGGUGACAGAUGAAAAAUUGAAUGAACAGUUAAAGGGGACUCAAACAAAGAGCGCAGCCGCAAAACGGCUAUACUCAAAACAUCAUAAGGAGCGACAAAUCAGCUCCGGUAAUAGCACUGAUCAUCAUCGCCACAAUAUGCAAGGUGACAUCGUUAUAGGAGCAAAAGAUCAUCAGCAUGCAUCACUCUCAAGGACAAAUCUCAAAUUAUAUGCCGAACAGAUGUCUCAGUUUAGCAUGAUUCAAACCAACUAA